AUGUACUUGACCUUACGUUGCCUUGAAGCUCCCGUCAACCAGCAACCUCCAGGCUCCUUGAGGUUGUUCAAUGCAGCACUUUGCCUUUCUGCUGACGCCCGCUUUCUCAGCGCCGAGCACCGCCCGAGCCAAGCCUAAGGAACCUGAGCUACGAGACCUGCCUUGAGGUUCUUUGCCGGGUGCAUUGCGUUUGUUUCUGUCUCCUUCUCGUCGCGGGUUCCUUCAAACGUUUCUGUUCAUUCUGCAGCCAGCCUACUUCAUUGUAUUUGCGUCCUUCAUUCACUGAAACAUCCCCCAUAUCUUGUUCCCUAAAAAGUAUUCCUUAAGCGCAUUUAUUCCCCCAGACCGGCCCUCUUCCCCGUUUCGUGCCUCGUCUCAUCUUCUCCAACAACGCCGCGCCCCUCCCACCCGACUCGCAGCUGCCCAGGCUCUCACGGCGUAACCUGGAAUACGCCAAAAAAGCAGCAGCACCCGCAACCUACAAAAACACCUCACCCGACAAAUUGCAGAAAAACAUGCCUCCACGAUCGAGCAAUCCUAGGCAGUCUACCGCGUCGCAUAGGUCGACAUUGUCAUUAUCCAAAACCGAGGUCACAAUCCAUGUCUAUGAUCUGCUACCUCCAGGACGCCUAUCCUCUGUUCUUUGGACAUUUGGUGCUUCACUACUGCACUCGGGUGUCGUGAUCAAUGGCAGAGAGUAUGCCUACGGCGGGCACGAGCGACGAGGUGUGACGGGAGUAUACUGGACAAAGCCAAAGACGGAACCCCCCGGCGGCACUUUCAAGUCCGAGAUCCUCCACGGCUUUACCUUUGCAACCCAGGCUGAGAUCGACGCGAUUCUGGAAGAAGCCUCGAGGGACUUCCUCGGAACCUCCUACAACCUCUUGACGAAGAAUUGCAACCACUUCACUUCCUAUCUCUGCAGAAAGCUUACCGGCCGUCCCGGUCCCGGCUGGCUGAACCGUGCGGCAAGCAUCGGCGUCGCAUUACCCUGCGUUGUCCCUAGGGACUGGAUCGACCCACCCGAGUACGAUACCGCCGACGGCGCACUUCUGGAAGAGGAGGAGGAGGAUGAUCGUGCUCACGAAGGCUCUAGGAUGCUGAAGCAAUCGCCGCCGAGAUUCCUCACCGAGAACUCCAAGGGCCAAACAGAGGACGCCGAUUGGGAUAGCGAGGAGGAACGACGCCGCGGCGGCAACGGCAAGGGCAAAAAGGCCGUACGGGAUACUGCGGGUCGCGACCUACCUGCUGCCGAAAGGGCUCCGGUUCGAAAGUAGAGCUCCUCGUCGUCAAUGCUCUACAACUAGGUAUACGGCAUGUUUGGCGUUACAAAGGUCUGGCGUUUGGGUUUAGUGGGCGUACAGCACUUGAUACCAGCGGGGUUGGAUAUCUGCAUUUUCGAUAUGAAACCAUCAGAAUGCAAGGAAAUUUUGCUCUUGUGAUAUGAUACAGUUGUACAUGUAUUGUACAGGCGUUGUUGUGUUGCUCUUCCCCUGCGAACCCCAGACAGCGUACCUCCUCUCUCUAGACACGUCUCGGGUUCUUGCUCCUCGUUCCACCAAACUUCAAUCUCGUCGAAUCUGCCACCCGAAUGACCUUGCUUCUCCAAAGCUUACCCUCGGGGGCCAUGAGAACCUUGACUGCCGCGUCACGUCCAACACCGAACCCUCUGAGCACGAUCUCGAGCUUGUUGAUCUUCUUGUGCCACCCGGCGUAGUUCAACCUCUCGAGGACGUAUGCUGUCAAUUGGUAGGCGGCGUCGUAUCCUUUCCUCUUGGACUUCUUGAAGCCGAUGUUGCCGGUCGACAGGGAGAUGAUGGCGCCACGGUCGGGCUUCGUGACCGUCACGUGCGUGUUGUGCUUGUGGGAGUAGAUGUGCAUGUGGUACGGCUCCAAGAGGUCCUCCUGUUCGGGGACAAGGUCGUCGAGGCCUGAGCCGCUUGAGGCGAGACCGCCAUCUAGCGACUUACCGGCAGCCUUGUUCAGGGUUUGGAGAAGCAUUGUCUGGUUGUGGCUGGGCGAGCUAGUUCCCUGUGUCGGAGCCGGUGUUGAGGUUGUAGAGCGGGAGCCGUACAUGGCAGCCAGAAGCUCCUGGCCUCCUUUCUUCGCAUCGUCGGCGCGCUGAAUCGGGGUCUGGGAGAAGGGUCGGAGGAAAGCCGGGGAGCAUCGUGCUAUCGGGGAUGGACGGGCGGCAGUCUGGAAGAUGGAUCUCGCCAAGAGGCGAGUCGUCGGUGCGGAGCUCAUCGCGGGAGUUGUGUCAGGCUUCCUGUCGCAAUGAGGAGAGAGAGGGCGGCCUGUUCGUGACGACGAUGGCCCAGCUGCAAUGAAGAUUUCAGAAAUUUGGCAAAGCUCCCGUUCAAACGUCUGGAGACAUUGCCGGUAUCUGAUUGGUUCCUGAGUGGCG